GGUGUGAGUGGCUGUAGGCCUCUCAACGACGCCAGUCCAGGAUACGAAAGCAACGAGGUAGGACGGUUGUUUUACGUGCGAGCUAAACUGGACGAUCAGCUAGCAAUAUCGGAGGGCGCCAUGUCAGCUUCGCCACGCCGUUGGGCUUUGAUUGCCUAGGAUUUUCAUCCUCUCCAGGCCGCCGCUAUGUGGCCUGGAGUACUACCGCUGGUAGCGUUACUAACAGUCCUGCUGCACUCUUCAAGAUGUACGCAGGGAAAAGUAAACUUCAGGGAGAAGGAGAAGAAGGUCUUGGACGAGAUCCUCGGACCACAAAGCUACGAUGCUCGCAUCCGCCCGAGCGGGGAAAAUGGAACAGAUGGGCCGGCCAUUGUCCGGGUAAACCUGUUUGUCCGAAGCAUUGCGACAAUUAGUGACAUCAAGAUGGAAUAUUCGGUACAGCUGACGUUUCGGGAACAAUGGCUGGAUGAAAGGCUGAAAUUUAACGAUUUCGGAGGACGUCUCAAGUACUUAACACUUACGGAAUCAAAUCGCGUAUGGAUGCCCGAUCUUUUCUUUUCGAAUGAAAAGGAAGGCCAUUUUCACAACAUUAUCAUGCCGAAUGUAUACAUACGAAUAUUUCCAAACGGCUCGGUACUUUACAGCAUACGAAUAUCACUCACACUAUCGUGUCCGAUGAAUUUGAAGCUCUAUCCGCUCGAUCGGCAAACCUGCUCGUUACGCAUGGCUAGCUACGGAUGGACGACCGACGAUUUGGUCUUCGUAUGGAAAGAGGGUGACCCCGUCCAGAUAGUUAAGAACUUACACCUACCUAGGUUCACGCUCGAGAAGUUUCUUACCGAUUAUUGCAACAGCAAGACCAACACAGGCGAGUACAGCUGCCUUAAGGUAGACUUGCUCUUCAAGAGAGAAUUCAGCUACUAUCUCAUCCAGAUCUACAUCCCAUGCUGCAUGCUUGUCAUCGUCUCUUGGGUGUCUUUUUGGCUAGAUCAAAGUGCUGUACCGGCACGAGUUUCAUUGGGUGUAACAACACUAUUGACAAUGGCGACUCAGACGUCUGGAAUAAAUGCCUCACUGCCACCAGUAUCCUACACAAAAGCCAUCGACGUGUGGACAGGCGUAUGCCUGACAUUUGUAUUCGGUGCGUUGCUGGAAUUCGCGUUGGUUAAUUACGCGUCCCGGAGCGACAUGCACCGGGAAAACAUGAAGAAAAAAUAUCGUGAAAUGGAGCACUCGUCGUCCGUAGAUCCAGCUACGGAAUUGCUACAAGCGGACAGCGGAACUAAUUUCGCCAUGGUCGUGGCUGUCCAAGUUCCCGACGAGGUCCAAGCGCAUAGACGUCAUAUCACGGAUCACCUUCCCCCUCGUGUUCGCGCUGUUCAACCUCGCGUACUGGUCCACGUACCUGUUCCGGGAGGAGGCGGACAAGGAGUGAUCGGGGGUGGGAGUGAGGAGACAACGCCUGGAUCGAGGGAAGUGGCUCGCGGUCAUCUCUACCACACGCACACGAGGCAUCGUACGCGGCACCAUCAUUCGUCGAGUCGGAACGGAGGGGCUGCCGCCGGGGGGCCGAACCAUCAUCAGCAUCAUCAUCAUCAUCACCAUCAUCAUCACGAACAUCACCACCACCAGCAUCAGCACCACAAUCAUCAGGCUUCGAGAUCGACUCGUCAGCACCAUCCAGAAGAUUCGCCAACUUCGUGGCUACAGAGUGACAAUGAGACCCAAUCGUCACCUAUAACAUCCCAAACUUUGCGUCUUUCCGGUAGAACGUCAGCUUCACCGGCUUCAUCGCGAAUGGUCACCCCGUCACCGCCCAUUCUAUCUCAACGGAAUUCCCAAGAUUUCUCCCGCUUGCCCAACCCCAAAAGUGACAAGUAUUGGGGCAUCGUUUCGCGCGACCUGUUCAAGUGUCACGCCAAGGGUAGCGCCCGGAUCGACGUCAUAGCGCGCUUCGCUUUUCCUUUGUCCUUUGUAUUCUUCAAUCUCGCCUACUGGUCCAUGUAUCUCUUUCGGGAAGAGGACACGGCUAAAAUGAAAAUGAAUUAAUUCCUCCAUAUUGCAUAUUGCGAAAGAAGGCCGGCCCGGGGCUCCGAUCGCAUUACGUUUGGAUUAUAAAUCCGAGCGGCGACGCGAGCUAGAGGCUUUUAUUAUUAUUUUCAUCCUUAUUUUCGCCUACCACUUUUUCGUUUCGAACGUGUCUCAGACUCUCCCACCGCACUCUUUGCUUCGCGAUUAACGAGCAAUUCUCACCUUUUUUCUUCUUCUUCGAAAGCUCUCUUGGUUUAGGAUCUCGUCAUAAUUCUUAAUCGCAGAAACGAAGUCGCGUUUGAUUGGACGAGCCCUCUCGAGGAGUCCCGAAGAAAGUCAGGCCCCGGCUUCCCGCGACGAAUUAUCAAACGACCCUCUUCAUUUUCAUUUUAUUUUCGAUUUAUAUUGCGCAGCACACACCGCGUUAUUUCGGGCGUGGAUACAAAAACAAUCGACCGAGUGAAACGAGUGGUAGAAAAUUAAGUUAUUAAUGAAAAUUUCACGUCGAUCCGGGAGAUAUAUUCAACCGCCGAGAGAGAAUAAGGGAUUGCGAUGAAUGAAUGCUCAAUGUUAUUACGAAAAAAAAAAAAACAAAAAAAAACAAUCUGGGAACAUUUCUGUAUAAGCACAAAACGAGUUGGGCGAAAAAGAGUGGUCGAACGAAGCGAAGAAAAAAAAAAAAAACAAAACAAAACAAAACAAAUUACACACCGAAAAACAAAGCGAACAUGAGAAAGAAAUUCAUUAGUGUGAAUGUGAGAGAAUAUCGCCAUAGCAUUUAUCGAGAGGAAGACCGCGUGCCACCAAGUGACAUUAAAAGAAAAAAAAAAAUAAUGUAGUGGGCCUUGUAUAGCCACGGCCUGUUAAACGACUACGUGCAUAAACAAUUUAUAAAAAUGAAGAAAAAACAGAAAAAAAACUAUUAUUACACUUAUGUAUCGUCGAGGUAAAAUACGAUAAGCAAGAUAAAAUGAGGAGGGGACAGAGAAAAAGAAAAACCAAAAAAUAACUUGUUACAACAGUCAGUGACUCCUGUACACGACCUCUAGCCUCGCCACAACAUUAUUCCGUUGUCCAUGUGUUUGUAAAAAAAAAAUCGAAAAAAAUGACAAAAAAAGAAAACGAUUAAUAAAUCGCGCGAAAAAUCGAAACCACGAUCAAACCCCGAUCCGAUUUUGUUCCUCGAAUUCUCGAUCGAUCGUUUUUACGCGUUAAUGCGUGAACGAUUAAAAAGAAAAAAUUCAUUAUAUAACGAAUGGAAAAUCAUUUGGGGGGAAGGAGAGAAAUUCGUGUUCAACGAGGAGAAACAAAGUGUUGAUGAAAAAAAAAAAAAACAAAACAAAACAAAUAACCAAUGAAACCAAUCACGAACGAACAGUAUUAUAGACCGAUGAAACCGGGAGAAUAAAAUAGCCGAUCUUUUUAUCGAUACGAGCUUUUUAAGCGGAUAAGUUGUCGUAGUUACGUAAAAGAAGAAGAAGAAGAAGAAGAAACCAAAUAAUAAUAAUAAAAAUUAAACAAAUGAAAUAAAACGAUAAAUAAUAUGUCGAGAUGAAGAAGAUUUAUUAAACAAUUAAAAAAGAGAUAACAAGUGAAAACGACCCGAACGAUAGAAAUGAUUGUAUACGAUCGUUGAUAUAUCAAUGCUGGGAGAGUAAGAAAAAGGUCACCGUCGACGGGGCUAGGGGUCACCUUCUUCGUAGUUAAUCGGUAUUAUGACUAAGUAUCGAAAAAAAAGCCUGAGGAAAUUUUGAUUCUUUUUACGUAAGCGUGUAGUACGAAUUGUGACAUACGAAGAAAAAAAAAACGAAAAAAAAAAAAACAAAAAAAACAUGAAAAUAAUAAUAUUAAUAAAAAUGAGAAAAAAAAUGAAUCAAUAAAUGAAUUUAAAAGUAAGUGACAGAUAGCGGAAAACAGGAAUUAGAAGACAAUUUCAAAAUGGAGGAAAAUAAUAAUACGAAAUCGAAUCAAAUAUAUAUGGACGAGGCGAAAAUAAUAAGGAUUGGCUCGGUGCACUUUUACACGCGUGUUUUUAUUCGCUAACCAUGUGUUCUUGCCAGACGUAUGAAGAUCAAUAAACGAAUAUUGAAGACAUUAAUUGAGGAAAAAACAAACGAUAUGUAUAGAUGAUAAAAAAAAAAAAAAAACGAUGAGAGGACACCGUUGAAACAAAAAAACCAUCAAAAUUUGACAAACCAUGUACGUACAUAUGCGUGCGUCGUUCUUCGGUCAAUUAAUUUUUGUUAGCGAAUUUCAUUAUCGUUAGUUUUGUAAAAAAAAAAAAAAAACUAAUGAUGAUAAAAUUCAAAAACAAUAAAUGUACAUAUUUUUCAUUUGGACGUUUUACGCGGGGGAAGAGAAAUACGGCGUGAUCCGGAAGUGGAGGGUAGAAAAUGAUUCUUCGCACGAUCUCUCGCUUUAUCGUUCCAAGUAUUUAUAUUUCGUUAUGCAAUUAAUCGAUUGAACCUCAUUUCAGGGGAACGACGACCGAGGGUCGGAGGAUUGAAUUUAAAAAGAAGCAACAAAUAACCACACGUCGUCAAAUUUAUAUACAUACGCAAUUUUGUGUGUGUGCUUUUUUUAAAUUAUUAUUAUGUUCAAAGAACGAUUAUGACUUUGGAAAACUGUCGGAUUCGGUGAAUUUGAAGUUUGUAAUUAAAUCGGUCUUCCACGCGAGAUGAAGAACAGAGAAUAAAAAAAUUUUUUAAAUUAAUCAAAAAAACGAAACAAAUGCCAAAUUAAGAAUCGGAGACAAUUUUCGAAAAAUUACAAAAGCCAUUUGCGACGAGGCAGUCGGCGGAGAAUUUUUUUUUUUUUUAAUUCAAACGUGAUCGAUCGCGAAUUAGAAACGAUGAAGAAAAAAAAUGUGAAUCAAUUGACGAAAAAUAAAUCACAAAUGAGAGCAUAGACAAAAACGUUUUAGGAUAAUGAAAAUAACGUUAGCGUUUAAUGGUCGCACUUAUUACAUGGUAAAGAAAUUAAAUGAGAGAGAGAGAGAGAGAGAGAGAGCGUUUCAACACCGAAUAACAUGAUCGUAAAUUCUCCGAAUGUAAUAAUAAAAUUGGAAGAAAAACUCUUCGCGCCCUUCUCCGCAUCGUAUAUUGUAAAUAAUUUUGAAUAAUACGAUUAAUGAAUCAGGUUAUCAUAUCUAUACAGGGCGGCUGAGAACAGGGAAUUUUUAAAUGAAUUUUUCAAACCCAAAAAAACAAAAACAAUAUUUUACAAAUCAAAACUGUAUGUAUUCAUUUAGUUUCAUAUUUUUAAUUAUUAGAAAAUUUUUAUGUCUUCAUUAAUUUAUAUUAUCAUUGACUGUUAUUUCGUUUAAUUAUAUGUCUAAUAUUAGUUGAUAUUCAUUGAGAAUAAAAUGAAAAAAAAAAAAAAAAAACAUAUAUUGAAUAUUAAGUAAAAUCUUGUUGAUCUGCGAUUUAAGCAAGUCGCUCGAAAAUGUUUUGUUCGUUCUGAACGAUUUAAUAAAAUGUAAUGUAAAUGCUCAAUAUCUAAUGAUACAAAAAACGAAUUCAAUAAAUAGUCAAGACGGAAUGUUGUCAUUGAACCGCCUUGUAUAAAUAUGCGCCUGAGAAAAAAACAAAAAUGACCCACACGCCCAACUUUUUAGUCGUUUGCAGCAGUAUUUCAAGAGUUCCUCAACAAACGGAAUCUUUUAACUAUUUUUAUCCCUGACUUGAUGAGAUUUUAAUGAUUUAUAAAUGUCCAAUCACACGCGUUGGCAAGGCAAACUGGGUGGAUCGUCAGCUUGCUCGAGUCACACUCUGUUCCAUCGACACGCUUGAUCGGCUAUCACUUAUUAAUUCCAAUCUCUCGAACAAGGCAUCGUAGAAAAAAAAAUGGUAAAAAAAGCCUUCUGACGUCGGUGGUAUUCCACGUGCAAACACGCUCCUGCUGAAAUUUCGAGCUUGACAUUAUUCACUCGUAGAACGAACAUUAAGUUUCCAAUCGGUUUUAGUUCAAGCUACUAAAAUCAAAUCAGCUCAAAAGAAUAUCAAUCAAAAGUGAUGGAUUUCAAAUAAAAGAAGAGGAAAAUAUUCAAAUCAUCGUUUCUUUACCGCCGUAUUAUUAUUGAUCGGGUCAAUUUGCCGAUUUUCAAAUGACAAGGAAACGCCGAAACCGAACGAGGAUAAGCGCUCGCACAGUUGUACACGAAGGCAGCUUGAUAAGAGAGAGAGAGAGAGAGAAAAAAAAACAUUUUUAUUCGCAGACAAGCGAACGGACCAUUACGUUAAGAAAAAGAUUAACGAAAAAGCAGAAACAAAAGAACAAAAAAAUCACUAAAAACAAGACACAACAGAGAAAAAAAAAAAUAAUUUGGCGACUAUCUCACAGGGUGCUUAGAUUAACUGCAUUUUCUCUUUCAUUUGUACCUACGGCAUUGAAAAACAGAAAACACGGAAAAAAAAAGAAAAAGAAAAACAAGCAAAAUAAUAAUAACGAUAAAACAAAAUGUUAAAAACAUACACACUCGAAAUUCAGGUAUACUAUAAGAGAACGAAGUUCAUGCACCGUAGAUAGGAAGUACGAAAUCGGAACGAACAGUCAACGUAAAUAAGUAAAUAAAAGGAUAUUAUCAUUAUAUUAUUAUUAAAAAGAACUAGUGAAUUCCGAGUAUGUUUCAAAUAUAAUGAGAGAGAGAGAGAGAGAGAGAAAGAGAGAGCGAGUAAGAUCGAAGUCAUCUUAUUUCCGAGUCAUAAAAGUACGUUAGGGAAAAAAUUAUUAAAUAAUUUAAAGAAAAAGAAAAAAAAUAAGACAAUGUGGAAAUAUCAGGACCGCAGCCAGGGGAAGAUUUUUCGGUUGCACGGUUGGGCCUUCAGCGUAGCUUUUGCAACCGAAUCGAAGCUCAAUUAGUGUGACACUUUAAUACACGAGGAAAUAAAAAUAAUAAAAAAAGAAAAGAAACGAAAAAAAAAAACAGUAAAAAAAAUAAUUUAAAAAUAAUUUAAAACGAGGGCUCGCGAUGAAGAAGAAAAAAAACAACCGAGUGCGAAAUCGAUAAAGUGUACAGACAGAGCGCAAAACACACAUGAGACGUUGGAAAAAGUCAGCAAGCGUUUGGCAUUCGCGAGUAAAAGCGAGGAAAAAAAUAAUAAUGAACGAUUUCAUGAUUGUUCAGCACCUCGCGUAACACUUGAAAAAUAAAUUUUGAAAUAAUUAAAUUAAAAGAGAAAAAACAAACAAUACACCCACCAAGAAUAAUAAUAAAGAAGGAUUUGAAGAUAAAAAACGAGUUUUAUAAGUGUUUCACGGUAUUUAGUUCUCAUGCCCACCCGGAAUGAAUUUAAUCGAGCACAGAAAGUUUAUUCGUAAAUACGUAUGAAUAUUGAAUGUUGGGUAUAUUACAUAAGUAUAAUAUUGUCACCGCGUGAAACCGAGAUUUUGUGAACGAGAAAGAAAGAAAAAGAAAAAGAAAAAGUAGUUGUUUGAUUAAUUUUGUUUUUUUUUUCAACUAUAUUAAUUAAGGGCGUCGGUGGUAUUUAGGAGAAAAAAAUAAUUAUAGCGAUCCCGUGGACGUUCAUAGUAUCGAUUUUGCGAGCGAAUCUCCCCCUUCCCCAAACCCUUUACAUUCAUCCCCAAUCGUAGAUCUCAUUAACGCGGGUCGUAGAGAGUACCGAGAUCGCAUAAUAGAUAAUUAAUGUCACGAUUAAAAUGAAUUGACGGGCAAUUAAACUUUGCAUACGAAA